AUAUAAUUCCCUUUCCUCCAUUUCUUUCACCUCUUUCUCACUCUGCUUACAUAUUCAACCUCUCUGCCCUUCUUCUCCUUCGCGACACCUACACCCUCCCACCAAACCCAUCUUUGUCCUCUUCCUCUCUCUCUCUCUCUCUCCUUCAUGAUCUCAACACCCACUAACUCAUCACGACUUCCAUGGGGAGAAACCGAGCCCACCCUCGCCGCUGCCUCAUCGCCGGAAACUACUGCCACGACGUCCUCAUCCGCGACGGCCUCGUUCUAGCCCAGACUCUCGGCGGGGCAGCCUCCUUCAUCUCCAACGUCCUCGACGGCGUCGCAGUCACUUACAAUCUCGUCUCCAAAGUCGGCUCCGACUUUGCCUACUCGGUCCAUGCCGACCCGAUUGUGGUGCCCCAUUCCAGCACGACUCUGUUCCACGCGCAUUUCGAGUCCGGGAACGACGGGGAGGGGAAGAACGACCGGGUCCUGAAGCGGGUCACUGCCUGCGACCCGAUUCGGGCCUCGGAUCUCCCCGAGGCGAGAUUUGAUUUCGGAAUGGCGGUGGGUGUCGGCGGCGAGAUUACGGUGGAGACGGUGGAGAAGCUGGUGGAGAUGUGCGGGACUGUGUUUGUGGACAUUCAGGCUUUGAUUCGGGUUUUCGACGAGGCGGAUGGGGCGGUGAGGCUGGUGGGGUUGAAGGAGAGUGGGUUUUAUCACCUGUUGCCUAGAAUUGGGUUUAUAAAGGCGUCGGCGGAGGAGGCUCUGUUUAUGGACGUGGAGGAGGUCAGGAAGGUGUGCUGUGUUGUGGUGACCAAUGGGAAGCGUGGGUCUAGAGUGGUUUGGAGAGAUGGGGAAGUUGAAGUUGGGCCGUUUCCGACGAGCCAGGUUGAUCCGACUGGUGCAGGGGAUAGUUUUCUUGGUGGGUUUGUUGCGGGGCUUGUCAAUGGGUUGGCUGUGCCUGAUGCUGCAUUGCUUGGGAACUUGUUUGGGUCACUGACUGUGGGGCAGAUUGGACUGCCCAAGUUCGACUUGAGGAUGUUACAGAGAGUUCAGGAAGAGGUGCAGAAGAGAAAGGUCCAGUGUCUCAGCUCCCACGAAAGAAAAGACGAGAAGUUCAGGUUUAUGAAUGUAGCUGGACACGAACAGUUUCAUGCGUCCCUCAUAGCAGCUAAACAAAUACCAAGGUGCAUUCCCCGUGAAUGUGAAUGGAAUCUGCCAAGUUCUCCUUCUAGAACAGUGGAGCAGACUUUGAAUGCCCUUCCCCAUUUCACAGCACAGCCGAAACUUUUACCUGACUUCGUCUAUGAGGAGCCAAUAACAGUAGACCGUAAACCAUUACUUGUAAUAGAGUAGCAUCCAACGUCCUCCAUCUCUUUUUCUGUAUCAAAUAAUGUCUCUACUGUAGAAAUGUGUCUGCAUGGAGCAAUUGCAGCCUUGUGACCCCCGU